AUGGAAGUGGCCCAACUUUGGAGACACCACGCCAGCAACACCAUCCAUCUCAUUGAGGGAAAGCACGAUGCACAAGGGACGAACCAGUCCACACUACUGCGUGCCUUAGACAGGAAGGAGGGGGGCAAGUCACUAGGUAUUGUAACUGAUCAGCUGGGAACCACUUGGUUCCGUCUGAUGCAACGUCCGAAUGUGUGCUUCCAGAACGCCAACGAACGCGCCUACCUUACCUUACGGAAGAUCAAGCCCAACUCGGGCCACCUUAACUUACCUAACCUAGGUGCUCUCGGCACCAUACCUAUUGGCAUCUCUCUAUCGACUAUACAUCCACAACCAGCCCCUUCCAGCAAGACGCUCUUGAUUUCGACGAUGGGCGCUGGUUUUCUGAUGGCCCUACAAUGCAUUGGGUCAAGGGAUCAGGCUGGUUGGCUCACCGCAUCUUGCCCUACCUUAUGCAGCUCGCGUGUCGAUUAG